AUGUGUGUGCGUGUGGUGGGAGCGGAGGAGUGCCGGAUUGCGCAUCCCAUUGUUAAAUGCACUUACUGCAGGACUGAAUUCCAGCAGGAAAGCAAAACCAACACAAUAUGCAAGAAGUGUGCUCAGAAUGUGAAGCUCUAUGGCACACCAAAACCCUGCCAGUACUGCAACAUAAUAGCAGCGUUUAUUGGAAACAAGUGCCAGCGUUGCACAAACUCUGAAAAGAAGUAUGGACCUCCUCACUCCUGUGAGCAGUGCAAGCAGCAGUGUGCGUUUGACCGGAAGGAUGACAGAAAGAAGGUGGAUGGAAAGCUGCUAUGCUGGUUAUGCACGCUAUCCUAUAAACGGGUCCUACAGAAGACCAAAGAGCAGUGCAAACACCUGAGCAGCUCUUCCCGGGCAAGCCUGCAAGAGAAGGAACAGUACAGUAGGCUCAGCGGUGGCAGCCACUAUAACAGCCAGAAAACCUUAUCCACCUCUUCUAUUCAGAACGAAAUCCCAAAGAAGAAAGCCAAGUUUGAUGCCAUAUCUGCCAAUGGCGACAGCGUUCCUUCCUCUCCCGAGAUGCUUUGUCCCCCUAUCCAGAGUGCCCCGUCCACGUUGGCGCAGUGGGCUGCUUCCCAACAGAGUCUCGGUGCCCACCAUUGUCCUGUUUCUCAAGGCACUGACAUCCUGAAUUUUUCUCCGGACCUCGCCCUGGACUCUCCUGGCACUGACCACUUUGUUAUCAUUGCCCAGCUGAAGGAGGAGGUGGCUACUUUAAAAAAGAUGCUGCACCAGAAAGAUCAGAUGAUUUUGGAGAAGGAGAAGAAGCUCACUUGCUCCUUACUGGUUUAUCUGCAGAUCACAGAGCUGAAAGCUGACCUGCAAUACCAGGAGUCGCAGAUGAGGGCAAAGAUGAACCAAAUGGAGAAGACGCACAAGGAGGUCAUGGAGCAGUUACAGUGGUUUCCCAAGGCAGGGCACGCUGGUUGCUCGGCGUGCGUGGGAACAGCAUACCCUGCUGCUGCCUUUGCUGUAGCUCAAAGAGGACGUCUGCCUUGAAAGCUGUCGGACGCCUUCCAACAGCCUUAAACUUGCUCAAUUCUGAAAGGAAAGAGGAAGCAUCAGAUCCACGAGCAGGUUUGCCAGCAGCCACCUGCCUCUCCUGGGUGGAGAGGGGUUUGCGUGUCUGUCGCCCGCUGUGCUGUCCUGUACUUAGCUCGGACUGGGACUGCCCUGAACUCGUUCUCUCUGGUGUCCGAAUGUUUUACUUCAGCUGGUAUUGACUGAGGCUCUGGAAACUUUCUUCACUGAUUCCAAAAUAAAAGUUCAAAUCCUCUCGGUGUAUUG